UCCGCGUCCCACACAAUUCGUCCACCGCCAUUCACGGUCUCAUCAAUGGCAUUCCUGAAAUUUCAUCAAACAACAAACCCACUAAACAAUUCCCAUUUUCCCGAUCGAUAGAACUCUGACGAAGAGAAAGGAACACGAUCUGCGUUUUGGUGUCGUCUCUCUCUAGAAAUCAUCGAAUUCAUUGGCGGGAAACCGAAAGAUAUGUAAAUACCAUUUGUCUUUCCCGGGAAAAUUUGAAAAUUAAUAUUCCCUGGCCUUUUCUCUUCAGAGAGAGAGAGAGAGAGAGAUAGAGAGAGCCAAAAGAUGGGGAUUUCAGAUAAUACGAGAGGGCUGAUUCUUGCGGUGGCAUCGAGCGCUUUCAUCGGCUCUAGCUUCAUACUGAAGAAGAAGGGGCUUAAGCGUGCAGGUGCCGCUGGUGCUCGUGCUGGGGCUGGUGGAUAUACUUACUUAUUAGAGCCACUUUGGUGGGUAGGAAUGGUGGCAAUGAUUGUUGGAGAGGUGGUGAACUUUGUGGCUUAUGUUUUCGCUCCGGCUAUUCUAGUAACUCCCCUAGGUGCAUUGAGUAUAAUUAUCAGUGCUGUUUUGGCCCACUUCAUGCUCAGGGAACGGUUGCAGAAAAUGAGCAUUGUUGGCUGUGUGUCCUGUGUAGUGGGUUCGGUGGUGAUUGUGCUCCAUGCACCUCAGGAACAGACUCCAACUUCUGUGGAAGAAAUUUGGACUCUGGCAACUCAACCUGCAUUUCUUGUUUUUUCAGCUGUUGCUAUAGCAAUCGUAUUAGCUCUGAUUCUGCAUUUUGAACCCCGCUACGGACAGACAAACAUAUUGGUCUACUUGGGCAUCUGUUCUCUAAUGGGCUCGUUGACGGUUGUUAGCAUAAAAGCCAUAGGAAUUGCAAUAAAGCUUACACUAGGGGGAAUAAGUCAGGUUGCAUACCCUCAUACAUGGUUUUUUGUUGUAGUUGCAGUUAUCUGUGUCAUCACCCAAUUGAAUUACCUGAACAAGGCAUUGGAUUCCUUCAACACGGCAAUCGUUUCACCAAUUUACUAUGUAAUGUUUACAACUCUAACAAUAAUUGCAAGUGCGAUUAUGUUCAAGGAUUGCUCUGGUCAAGAUGUAAGCAGUAUAACUUCAGAGCUAUGUGGGUUCAUUACGGUCCUUUCUGGAACAAUCAUAUUGCAUUCUGUGAGAGAACAGGAGCCAGCUCCCGCCGCAGCAUCUAUAUCAUGGUACAUUUCUAGAAGCAAUGGGGACUUGAUGAAGUAUGUCGUCGAUGAUUAUUUCUUAACAUUACACAAUUCAAACUCUUUUCACUAGUGUUUUUUUUGCUCCGUGUCCAUUUUAAGACAAUCUCGAUGGAGAAGAGCAUUUAAGCAGGCAUGCUGGAUAUGACACGGGACGAGUUUGAUGCCUUCUGGCCACUUCCAUUGUCUAAUGGGAUUGAAGUGUUUGUUUAGUAACAGUUCCAUGGUAUAUACUUCCAAGGCAUUCUUUGUGAGAGGUUGGCUAAGGAUGGGAGAUGAGAUAUCUGUGCAGAAAUCAUCUAAUCUUGGGUGGGAUUUUCUGGGACCUGUGGAGGUUUUUUUUUUUUUUUCCCCGUGAUUUUGUAACUUGUUGGUUGUUCUUGUUCAUGUAGAGGAACAUUCACCUACAACCCAUUUCUGCCUAACUUGGCAUGUCUACCAUUCUUGGCAAAAUCUUCUCUCUCAGUGAAUGGUAUAAAUCAUCUUGCAAUGGGUUGUAGGUGAGUAUUCCUCAUGUAUCCUUGUAUAUGAAACUUCUAUUUUGUGGCAUCUGAGACUUUUGUUAUUGCCUGUUGUUUAUAGAACUUUCUUGGUUGUAA